AGUAAGUGGUAUUUAGAUAUUUUUUCUUCUUCUUUGAGGCAACAAGAGGUCCACCCCUUGGAGUCCAAUGAACGAUGGUAAAGGGAAAGGAGAAGGGCGGGGAGGGGACUGGUGGUGGGAAAGGAGGUGGUAAGGCUGGUGGGGACAAGGUGGCGGGAGGGGGCGAAAAGAAAGGGACUCCGUCCCCAAAGAAAGGGGAGAGAGAGGAGGACGCGAGAGGCAAGGGAAAGGGAACCCCCCGGAAAGGGACAGGGUUAGCGGGAUCGGAUAGGCCCCAAGAGGAAGGAAAGAAAGGAAAGGGGUUCGGGGACGAAGAUGGUGGAGGGACAUUGGGGAAGGGCGUCGGAGAGGCACACCAGAAAGAAAGGGCAAUAACAGAGAAAAAGAUUGAACUCAGCUUAGAGAAAGAUCAGGGCAAGUUAGAGGGAGACAAAGAUCUCGUGGGGGGGGAUAAAAUGGACGAGGAUAUUGCCCUGAUCGGAGAGAAAAGAAAACGUGAGGAUGACGCUGCUCGGCAUGAGGAGGAGAUUCUUUCGAGUUCGGAGGAGCCCUCCCCCAACAAAGCGUUGGUUGUUUACAAGGCAUGUAAAGUCCAAAUGGUUCGGGGGAAGUCGUACUCAAGGUCGUCGGAUGAGGGGUCUGAAGAUGACAUGGAUGGAGGGCUAGUGCCACUGUUUGAGGACUUAAAUGGACUGCCUAGUACCCUAGUGAAAACGUAUGAUAAUGAGUACUACGACUGGGAAACUCCCAACACAGCGCUCAAACUUGCACCCUUAGAAGUCCACUCCUACAGUUCGGAUGAAUUUUUCGAAGUGGAGGAGCUGAAUGUAGACGAGUCUACGGCUCCCCGUGACAAAGAUCCUCUCAAGCCACAGAUCCAGAGCCCGGCCCCAGCGGUCGAUCCUCAAGAGGUGGCAGGGUUCCCAACUAAGAAAUCAAAGAAGCUACAGCCGAAACCCAAAGUGGGCAUUCCGCCCAUAGGGUCAGGCCCCGCUUCAAGUCAACAGGGUGCCUUGGAUGCAGUAAAAACAGGUGGCAGGCGUAAGUCAACCCCCUCCCUCUCGCAGGCCCCGCCCAUGAGAACUCUGACCAAAGCUGAGAAGAAGAAAGGGGUGAAGGCGGAUUUGCCAUUCCCCUGAUCUGUACACACUCUCCGCAUGGCAUUAUGGUACUCACUAACAAACAACCUGAUGAAAC